GGUGCCGCUCCCCGCCAUGGCGGCCCCCGGCGGGCUCGGCCGCUGCGUGGCCGCCUUUUGGCUGGCGCUGGCCUUCGACGCGCUGGGCCUGGCGGUGCUGCUGGCAGGCGUGUUCGCCGACGUGUUCUUCUCCGACCUGCUGAUCUACGCGGGCGGCAUCGGCAUCUUCCUCAGCCUCAUCUGGUGGGUGUUCUGGUACGCGGGCAACCUGGAGGUGCCUCUGGAGGAACUGCGCGACGACGUGGGGCUUGCGCCGCCCAAGGUCCGCAGUGAGAGCCUGCUGCGGCGGCUGGUGCACGGCUUCAGCCUCCGACUCUCCAACACCUUCGCUUCCUCGUCACACUCCCGCGCUACCUCCGCCGCUGGUCUGGAGCUGCAGCGCGCCGGGGACCCGCGGGGCCGCUCCGCCGACUCCAGCAGGAUCUGUUGAAGAUGCGACUAUUGAAGUUACUGCCUCUAAAAGUGGACGAAAUGCUGCAAACUAUGGAAAGAGAAUUCCCUGCUCAAUGCAGUAGGAUUUUCUCAUCAUGGAAUAAUCUCUGAAACCAUUGUGGACUCUCUAUAAAAUGGACAAAUAGAGCCAUAUCUCUGCAAAACACCUGUAUGUUUUGAAAUGGUGGAAAAACCCCAGAAAACCCCCUAAAUUAGAUUUCUUAAGAAGUGAGAACUAAAGAAACAAACCAGAUUUAUGGAAAAAUCACUGCAGCAUGUAAUAGAGAUUUUAUUAUUAUUUUUAAUAACCUGAAAAUGUUUGGAUAAAAAGCUCAUGCACAAUGAAAAGCUCUUGCACUGUUUUACCAAGGUCUGGAAGUUAAACUUACUGUGAAUUUUUAUGAUGCCAGUGCAAUACUUCUGUUUGUAAGGGUGCUUCUGAAAUAUCUAUGUUAAACUACUGAUGCAAAGUUAUAAAUAUAGUAAAAGUUGUUUAUAGUGUAAAUAACAAUUUAGAGUGACUCUUGUAAAUUUUCAUAAUUAUUUUGGAAUAACUUGGAAUUUGAGAUUUUUAUAAGUAGACAAGUAAAAGUAAUUAUAUUGGCACACCAGUAUGUACUUCAUAGUUACAAGUGACGUAAUAUGAUAAGAAAAGGUAGUUUUAGUGCAGUAAUAUUGGGAAUUAUUUUCCUAAUGUCGAAUCAUUUGGGAAAGAGGAUAUUAGCAAAAAAACUCCUGUUUAUUAACAAAUACUCUGAUACUUUAUAAAAUAUUAAUGAAUUUACACUUAGGUGAAAAAUAGCACUUGGGGAAAGAUUUAUAUUAAAGGUAAUGAUACCUGAAAUUCUUGUGUGGAGAAAUUCUUCAUGAGUUCCUCUGGUUUUGAAUUUACAUGAGGAGUUUGAGUCCACCAUUGGCAAAUAUGGGUAGGUCUUAAAAUUUUAAUGUACAAUUGGUUUUAUGCCACGCCUUGUCAAAUACUAGAGGUGGCUUUAGGGAAAAUGGUUACUAAGAAUACUGCACUUGCACUUCCUUGUGAACUCUUGUAAUGUCUUUCACUGUUCUCUUGUAAAUUAUUGGAGUAACUGCUUACUUUUCUAUGCAUAUGCUGAUUUUUAAAUGUUCCAAAUGCUCAGUUUUUCCACAAAGCUAGAUGAACACUAAACUUGUAGGUCUAUAACGUGAUUUCUUUUUUACUGACUGCAGUUUUUAGGAGGUAUGUGCAAUUGUUUCCUCCUUUUAGAGGAGCUGCAAUGUGACACCACUGUGUUGUUACAAUGGUCUGAUUGAAAAAAGAAGCCAAACCAGCUCCUUCCUUAAAGCCUAUAGAUCCCUGUUUCCGUGUCAUUUGCAAGAUUGUAGUUUUUCUGUUUUGAACAGAAAGAACUGCUUUUUCUGAUUCCUUAUAGUUUCACUUGUAAACUCAAUCAUGUGAGGUAGUGGUUAAGUGGAAUGAUUAGUAGCAGCUAUAAAUUAAACAGAACAUUUGCAUACAUCUAUUCCUGUACUCAGUCUGGUGAAAUUUUAAAUCAUAAUGGCAAGUGAAUUGGGCAGGGCUUUGAGUUCACUGUAGAUUACAAUGUAAUUAAUCUUUAAUCCAAUAUCAAGACUUUAUGAUUGUUGCAUAAGAUAGUAGCUAGAUUGGUGUUGGCUGUUGCAGUUUCACUCAAAAGAAAAUUACAUGGGAUUCAAACAUUUACAAUUGAAGCAUUGUAUAUAUUAAAAAUUUAGUAUAGGAGCUUACACCUCAGUUCAGGAGGGUGCUAAUCAGAGACAAGUGCUGGAAUAUUACUAGUAUGGUGUGUGUAAACAAGGAGAUAAAAAAUACUUGCUGUGGGACCGUGUAACUUGUGAGUUCUCAUCCUCUCUUCUUGAAAAUGUGAAUGGUUACUGUUUCAUGCAGGCUGUUUUCCUUCUAAAUAAGGAAAGCUAAUACUAAAUAGAAACUGGCAGCUGAAUUAUUAGCAGUUAAACAUUAACAAAUAUUUUAAACUGUUUUAGUCUCCUGAUAUCCUUAUCAGUUGUAGCUCAAUGCAGCACAAAGUCCAUUCAAAGAACUUCUGUAUCCUUGAUGGGAAAGCAGCUCUUGUAGGUGUUUAGGACUGUUUGCUGUUGUGCAAACACAGAGCUUUAUAUGUAAAGCUAGAACUCCUUUAGACUUAAAGGACAGCCCUAUGCAUUCUGUUGAAAAACAUCACCAAAAUCGCAA